AUGGUCAUUAAAAUACAUUUAGUCAAGCAGAAAGGAAGAAGGAUACAAGGGGAGAAUGUUUUGAGACAUCAUGUAUAUUUGUUUCUGACACAUGUAUAUCUGUAUUCAAAUAUAUCUAAUUCUUUUUUUCUUGUGAUUCCAGGGGAACAUUUAAGAAUUUGCCCUCAGGAAUAUACAUGUUGCACCUCAGAAAUGGAGGACAAGUUAAGCCAGCAGAGCAAACUGGAGUUUGAAAACUUAGUGGAGGAGACAAGUCACUUUGUACGCACCACUUUUGUAUCCCGACACAAGAAGUUUGAUGAAUUUUUCCGAGAACUUCUAGAGAAUGCGGAAAGAUCCUUAAACGACAUGUUUGUCCGGACGUACGGCAUGCUGUACAUGCAGAACUCUGAGGUGUUCCAGGACCUCUUCACAGAGCUGAAGCGCUAUUACACAGGAGGCAACGUGAACUUGGAGGAAAUGCUGAACGAUUUCUGGGCUCGGCUGCUGGAGCGGAUGUUCCAGCUGAUAAACCCCCAGUACCAUUUCACUGAGGACUACUUGGAGUGUGUAAGCAAGUACACAGACCAGCUGAAGCCGUUUGGAGAUGUACCCAGGAAGCUGAAGGUUCAAGUGACUAGAGCGUUCAUUGCUGCACGGACCUUUGUUCAGGGGCUGACAGUAGGCAGAGAGGUUGCAAACAGAGUAUCCAAGGUCAGUCCCACCCCAGGGUGCAUCCGGGCGUUAAUGAAGAUGUUGUACUGCCCCUACUGCAGAGGACUUCCCACUGUGAAACCUUGCAACAACUAUUGCCUCAAUGUAAUGAAGGGCUGCCUAGCAAAUCAGGCUGAUUUGGAUACUGAGUGGAGUCUGUUCAUAGAUGCUAUGCUUCUGGUAGCGGAGAGAUUAGAGGGACCAUUCAACAUUGAAUCAGUCAUGGAUCCUAUUGAUGUCAAGAUUUCUGAAGCCAUCAUGAACAUGCAAGAAAACAGCAUGCAGGUGUCGGCAAAGGUUUUCCAAGGAUGUGGCCAACCUAAACCAGCACCUGCCCUGAGAUCUUCUCGCUCUGUCCCUGAAAAUUUCAACACCCGGUUUAGACCGUAUAACCCAGAGGAGAGACCUACAACUGCUGCUGGCACAAGUUUGGAUAGGCUGAGGACUAUCUGGAGGACAAUGCAACAUGGUGUAACAGACAUUAAAGAAAAGCUAAAGCUCUCUAAAAAGUUCUGGUCAACAUUACCCUACACAAUCUGCAAGGAUGAGCGGGUGACAGCCGGUCCGUCAGUCGAGGAGGACUGCUGGAACGGCCACACCAAGGCCAGAUACUUGCCAGAAAUCAUGAACGAUGGCUUGACCAACCAGAUCAACAAUCCAGAAGUAGAUGUGGACAUCACAAGGCCAGACACUUUCAUUCGACAACAAAUCAUGGCCUUACGUGUCAUGACUAACAAACUGAAGAAUGCAUAUAAUGGAAAUGAUGUCAACUUCCAGGAUACAAGCGAUGAAACCAGCGGCUCGGGCAGUGGAAGUGGCUGUACAGAUGACAUCUGUCCCACCGAGUUCGAUUUUGUCACCACUGAAGCGCCGCUGGUUGACUCCGACAGGAGGGAGGUGGAGGCUUCAGCCACGCGGCCUGGCUGGUCACUGCAGACGUUGCUCAUGGUCUUCAUCAGUCUCAUACUGCAGAGACAGUGGAGAUAA